CUUUCAGAAAAAUGGUCUCCCCAUUCAAAGGCACCCCAACCUAGGCGGGAUGAAGCCCCUUUGCCGAUAUUUCCUGUCAAAUCGGAGGUGGGCUCGCUCAAUCCCUUCUUCUCAACCUAUCAGGUCGACUACUCCAACUACCCGGAAUGCGAAUCUCAGCCAGUCGGAUCAACCGGCAGACUCAUCGCAAAGUCCGAAUCUCACAUAUCUCAACAGAUGCCGGAUGAGACCGCCCCACUCACCGCGAAAUCAGUAUUACCACGACAACAGGUCGUCGUGGGCAGGCACACAUGGAUUCAAGCAGGUCCCCAUAAACAGUGGGUGCGGUGUGGCUCAGAAUGGCUGGCAAUGCCGGCCGUCUACGUAGCACCGGAUCCGAAAAACUCCAUCGCCAUGGAAUCCACCACGAGCUACCGCAGCAGCUUCACAAUAGACGAACACAAGGUGGCUUUAUGUACCUUUUAA